UUGUGUGUUGCAGAGUGAUUUGGAGUAAACAUAACUGUAUGCCUAAAAAUACAUGUUUAAUGCUCGGCUAUUGUAAGAUCGAGGGCGGGGAUGGACGAGUUUUUGUAAUGAAGCAUUUUUUGGGAUUCUGUUUUCCUAUACAGGGGCUUCCAUCUCAAAUUUGACAGUCGAACCCUUAGGCAAAUGGAAAGCACAUAAAAGAAGAAUUAUACUAGAGUUAAGUAGACCGUGAUGUCAUAAGAGUCUUAGAUCAAUUUAAAAAGAAAAUGAAAAACAGGAAAAAGAACUAAGUAGUUUAAGAUGUUUGACAGGUACUUGCAGAGAAAAAGAAGAAAAUAUUAUAGAAAAGGAUUUGUGUGCUCUGAUGGCGGAGUUUCUCCUAUUCCUUUUCUAACUCCUUUAGAGCCAUUGCUUACUUUCUGUAGCGUUUGUUAGAUAGAGAAGGCUUAUUUGUGGUAUGGUGUGUGACUUGAACCUAAGAUCUACACACACAUACAAAAUAAGAGAACAUCAUCAGCACAAGGAAUCUGCAACGAUUUUGAGAUUUCUAUAGUUUCCCUGCACACUGGUACUAGAUUUCAGAAGAACGGGGUGGUAGAAGGAGGGUUCCAAUAGGAGUUUCUAAACAAUAAACCAUAAAAGUAGAGAGUUUUGCAGUGAAGCACAUCGACAGAAAAGAAAAGAGAAGGGAAGAACACAGUAAUUUCGUGGUUUUUGUGUAGAUGCAAAUUGUUUAAGGCUUAAAUCGAUAUUCAUGGGAAUCAGGUUGGCCGGGGAAAACGCUCCCAAUGUCGAUAUGUGGGUAUCUAAGCAAUAAAACAGUAGGAAACAAAAAAGCCAUCAAAAGUAAGGUCUGGAGGUUUUAGCAAAGUCUAUCAACAUAGGUGCAAAACAUGAUAAAGUAGCCUGUAUGGGCACAUAUCAGAUUUAUGUUUAAAAGAACCGUGCUAGCUUAAUUGGCUAUGAUCCAUGAUGUCCUUUUGAGAGAAACUAGACUGUUCGGCCAAGGAGCAUCACACGUAAACAAUAAAUCCCCACGCUCUUCAAACAAUAUUGUCUGGGAAACAGGAAAGAUCUCGUUCAUCAAUGAGGGCUCUGAAAUCUCCAGAGUUUGAAGCUCAAGCAACACGUUCACCACUACAUUCCAGGACAAGAGACUUGAAUGGAGUAGAAGGGAUGGAAGAUCCAGAUGGUAUAUGGGCAUCUAUUGCUCAAUUCAUUGAGCAUUUCCAGGCACACACAUCUACAGCAAUUGAAAAAGAGCUGGCAACAAAAGGACUCUUAGAUCUUGCUAAGUCUGGAAAGGAUGCAAAAAAUGCAAUAGGUUCUCAUUCACAAGCAAUACCUCUGCUUGUUACACUUCUCAGGUCUGGAACUACAGUUGCAAAGGUCAAUGCAGCUUUAACCCUUGGGAUUCUGUGUGAUGAGGAAGAGUUAAGAGUGAAAGUGUUGCUGGGAGGAUGUAUACCUCCUUUACUUGGACUGCUAAGGUCCGGAUCUGCAGAAGCUAAGAAAGCAGCAGCAAAGGCAAUCUAUGCAGUAUCACAUGGUGGUGUGGCAGCAGAGCAUAUUGGGAUGAAGAUAUUUAUGACCGAGGGUGUUAUUCCUAGUCUGUGGGAGCAGCUUCACCCCAGGCAGAAGCAGGAAAAAGUAGUCAAUGGCCAUCUUACUGGAGCAUUAAGAAAUUUGUGUAAUAAUACAGAAAGCUUCUUGCAAGCAACUCUUCAAGCUGGUGGAGUGGAUAUUCUCGUAAGGCUUAUCACUUCUGAUAGUGUGGUUGCUCAGUCAAAUGCAUCCUCUCUCUUGGCUAGUCUGAUGUUGGCUUCUGAAACUAGUUGUACCAAGGUUCUUAAUUCUGGUGCUAUUCAGCAUCUUCUGAAGCUUGUAGGUACUGAAAAUGCAAUCUCAGCCCGUGCGGAGGCAGCCGGUGCAUUACAGGCGCUUUCAUCCAAACUUAAAAGUGCAAGGAAAGCUAUGGUAGAUGCAGGUAGUGUUCCCAUUUUGAUCAGUGCAGUUGUUGCUCCGUCAAAAGAGUUUAUGCAAGGCCAGUCUGCUCAAGCCCUGCAAGAGAAUGCAAUGGGUGCAUUAGCUAACAUUUCAGGUGGAAUGUCUGCUAUUGUGCUUAGCCUUGGAGAAAAUAUUGAGACAUUUCGAUCUGACAGUCAAGUGGCUGACAUUCUUGGUGCCCUGGCCUAUGCAUUGAUGGUGUUUAAGUCAGAUCCUGCAGGAUCACUUGAUACAGUGAAAAUAGAGAGACUAUUAGUUAAACAACUCAGACCACGCAUAUCUCAGUUGGUGCAGGAGCGUGCAAUUGAAGCUUUAGCUAGCCUCUAUGGAAAUGCUCAUCUCUCUGUUGGUUUGAUUAAUGCAGAGGCAAAGAAAUUGCUGGUUGGAUUGGUGACUAUGGCGGGGUCUGAAGUGCAAGAUGAUCUUAUACACUUAUUAAGAAGCCUAUGCUCAGCUGAUUUAGAUCUUUGGCAUUCACUUAGGGAACGAGAGGGAAUACAAAUCUUGAUCUCUUUCCUUGGCUUAUCUACUGAGCAACAACAAGAACAUUCUGUGGCUUUGCUUUCUAUAUUAACUGUAGUAGUUGAUGAAAGCAAGUGGGCAAUUACGGCAGCGGGUGGAAUACCUCCACUUGUCCAGCUGCUGGAAACUGGCUCCAGAAAAGCAAAAGAGGAUGCUGCAAUUAUUCUUGGAAAUUUAUGUGCUCACAGUGAAGAAAUUUGUGCUUGUGUUGAAAGUGCAGAUGCUGUUCCAGCCCUCCUGUGGCUGUUGAGAAAUGGUAGUUCCAAAGGACAGGAAAUUGCUGCCAAUACACUCAAACAUCUUAUUAGGGAUGCAAAUGCUGCCACGGUCAAUCAGUUGGUGGCUUUACUUUUGGGAAAUCAACCAAAGUCAAAAGUCCAUGUGAUAACGACUUUGGGUUGCUUACUUUCAGUGGCAUCUCAUGAAGAACUUGUGCAGAAAGGGUGUGCUGCAAACAAAGGUCUCCAAUCAUUGGUUCAGAUGGUUAGUUCUUUAAAUGAAGAAACUAAGGAGGCUGCUGCAUCUGUUCUUGCUGACAUUUUUGCUGUGAGAAAAGAUCUUUGUGAAAAUCUUGGCAUUUUAGAGAUUAUUGAUCCUUUAAUCAGGUUAUUAAGUAUGGAAACUGAAUGCAUUGCCAUGCAGUCAGCUCGAGCACUUGCAGCACUUUUCUCUGCUAUUAAUAGUAACAAGCAUGUGGCUAAUGUUGCUGGAAGUGCAGUUAUGCCAUUGAUUCAACUUGCAAAAUCUCCAAGCAUUUCUGCUGCAGAAAUGGCAAUAAAUGCAUUGGCUAAUCUUUUCUUAGAUGUCAGGUUUGCCGAACAAGCUAUGGUAGAGGAUGUCAUUCCAUCACUGACAAGAGUCUUGAAGGAUGGUACAAAAGUGGGACAGGAACAUGCAGCAGGCGCACUUGCCCGGUUACUGACUCAUAUGCCAGUUGAUGAUGUGCUUGUCGAGACAAUUCAUCAUUGUGGCACUGUUAUCUCAUUAAUAGACUUUUUAGCUUCUGCAGAUUUGGAGGAUGUAAUCUCAUCAGAUGCUUUAGAAGCACUUGCCAUAAUGGCUAGAGAAAAACAAGGUGGAACUUCUAGCAUUCCUCCAUGGGCAAUACUUGCCGAAUUACCUCACAGCUUGGAGCCAUUGGUGAAAUGCCUGGCCAUUGGACUUCCCCCAGUUCAAGAAAAGGCAAUUGAAGUUCUUUCAAGAUUAUGUAGAGACCAGCCUGUAGUUCUUGGAGAUUUAUUGGCAGGAACAUGUACAUGUAUUUAUGCCUUGGCAGGCCGAGUCAUACAUUCUGAUAACUUAGAAGUGAAAGUUGGAGGCACUGCUCUUCUCAUUUGUGCUGCCAAAGAACACAGGCAGAGAACAUUAGCUGCCCUAAACGAAUCUGGAUUUUUUAUUCAACUUAUUUGCUCUCUUGUGCAUAUGCUGAAACAGGCAACAGAAAUUAAUGAUUUAAGGAUUAAUAAAGUUAACAAUGUGUAUGAAGGUCAAGAAAGGCAUUUUGAAGGAGGAGAUACAUUCUCAAUGGAUGAUCGAGCAUCCAUUUUGGGAGGAACAGUUGCCCUAUGGUUGCUAUCAAUAAUUUCUUCUUACGAUGAUGAAUCUAAAGUUGCCAUUAUGGAAGCAGGUGCUAUUGAAGUAUUAACUGAAAAGCUCACAAACUUUUCUCCAAGUGCAUUACAAUUUCAGAUGGAGCUGGAGGAUGGUGGAGGUAUGUGGGUCAGCGCUUUGCUGUUAGCUAUUCUGUUCCAGCAUAGAGAUGUUAUUCGAGCUGGUGCUACCAUGCGUGCAAUUCCAUCUCUUUCUAAUUUACUGAGGUCUGAUGAAGCAAUUGAUAGGUAUUUUGCUGCUCAAGCAUUGGCUAGCCUUGUCUGCAAUGGUAGCAGGGGAACACUUCUUGCAGUUGCAAAUUCAGGAGCAGCAGGAGGUCUGAUAUCACUGCUUGGCUGUGUAGAAUUGAACAUAUCAACACUUGAUGCAUUAUCCGAAGAAUUUUCUCUUGUGCACAAUCCUGUUCAGGUUGUUCUGGAACGGCUAUUUAGAGUUGACGACAUUAGGGUGGGUGCCACUGCUCGUAAAUCUAUACCUUCUUUAGUUGAGCUGCUUAAGCCAAUGUCAGAUCGACCUGGUGCAUCUGCACUUGCUCUAGCACUGUUGACUGAGAUUGCACAAGCCAAUAAUGCAAACAAAGUGACCAUGGCUGAGGCAGGAGCUUUAGACGCCCUAGCAAAAUAUCUAUCUUUAGGUCCUCAGGAUGUUAUAGAAGAGGCUGCAACAAAUUUGGUAAGAAUCCUAUUUAGCAGUCCUGAUCUCCGGCAGUAUGAUUCUGCAAUAGGCACUGUCACCCAGCUUAUAGCAGUUCUACAGUUGGGUUCAAGGGGAGCCAGAUACAAUGCAGCUAGGGCUCUGCAAGGUCUUUUUGAAUCGGAGAACAUGAAAAAUGCUGAUGUGGCAAGGCAAGCAAUAAAACCAUUGGUUGAAAUGCUUAGUGUGGGAUCUGAGAAAGAGCAACAAGCUGCUAUUGGUGCACUUAUCAAGCUGUCAUAUCAAAAUCCUUCAAAGGCUUUAACUAUUGCUGACGCUGAAGUCAAUCCUAUAGAAAGUUUAUACAGAAUUUUGGCAUCACCUUGUUCCUUAGAGCUAAAGGAAGAUGCUGCACUGCUGUGCAGUAUUUUAUUUGCAAACUCCAGAGUGCGGGCAACAUCUGCAGCUUCCAGUUGUAUUCAGCCCCUUGUAGAACUUCUUACAAUAGAUUCUAAUCCAAUUCAGGAAGCUAGUGCCCGUGCCCUCGAUAAUCUGUUGGAUGAUGAGCAACAGGCAGAGGUUGUUGCAGCAUAUGGUACUGUGAAUUCUCUUGUAGGACUGGUUGGUGGAACAAAUUAUCCAUUGCUUGAGACUGCAAUAAGUGCCCUUGUAAAGUUGGGAAAGGACCGUCCCCCGUGCAAGAUUGACAUGGUCAAAGCUGGGGUGAUUGAUAAUGUUCUUGAAAUUCUCCCUGAUUCACCAGAUUCUCUAUGUUCUUUGAUUGCAGAAUUAAUAUGCAUUUUGACAAACAAUAGCAGCAUUGCAAAGAGUGCAGCUGGUGCAAGAGUGGUAGAGCCUUUGUUUCAAUGUUUGACCCGCCCAGAUUUAAGCACAUGGGGCCAGCAUAGGGCAUUGCAAGCACUCGUAAAUAUCUUGGAGAAGCCUCAAUCUCUUGCUAACCUGCGACUCACCCCUAGCUUGGCUAUUGAGCCAUUGCUUAUCUUUCUUGAAUCACCUUCUCAUUCUGUAAAGCAACUUGGGGCUGAAUUACUUUCACAUCUUGUUGCUCAAGAGUAUUUUCAGCGAGAUAUUACUACACAGCAAGCUGUAGUACCACUUGUACAGCUAGCAGGGCUUGGAAUUUCAAAUUUACAGGAGAAAGCAAUAAAGGCCCUUGAAAGUGCUUCUGCAAGUUGGCCAAAUUCCAUUGCAGAUGCGGGUGGCAUUAUUGAGCUCUCAAAGGUUCUUUUGCAAGUUGAUCCACAGCCAUCCCAUGCAUUGUGGGAAUCAGCUGCCUUGGUACUUUCAAAUGUCUUGCGCUUUAGUUCCCAAUACUAUUUAAAAGUACCUCUUGCAGUUCUAGUGAAACUGCUACGAUCAAGUAGUGAGCAGACUGUUGUAGUAUCUCUUAGUGCACUGCUUGUUCUAGAAAGAGAUGAUGCAUCGAGUGCUGAGCUGAUGGCAGAAUGUGGUGCAGUGGAAGCCCUUUUGGAACUUUUAAGGUCUCACCAGAGUGAAGAAUCAGCAGCGAGGCUACUGGAAGCAUUGUUCAACAAUAGUAAAGUACGAGACAUGAAAGUAUCCAAAUAUGCUAUUGCUCCUCUGUCACAGUAUCUUCUUGAUCCACAGACUCAAGCCCAGCCUGCCAGGUUAUUGGCCACACUUGCUUUAGGUGAUAUUUUCCAGAGUGAUGGCCUUGCCAGAACAACUGAUGCAGUGUCAGCUUGCCGUGCAUUAGUUAGCCUGCUUGAGGAUCAGCCAAAUGAAGAAAUGACAAUGGUGGCAAUAUGUGCAUUGCAGAAUUUAGUUAUGCACAGUAGGACAAAUAGGCGUGCAGUUGCAGAAGCAGGGGGCAUUCUGGUUGUGCAAGAGAUUCUUAGCUCAAACAAUUCUGAGAUGGCUGGACAAGCAGCAUUGCUCAUCAAGUUUCUGUUUUCCAAUCAUACCCUUCAAGAAUAUGUGUCCAGUGAGCUUGUAAGGGCUUUGACAGGUGCUUUAGAGAAAGAGUUUUGGGCCACUGCAACAAUCAAUGAAGAAAUUGUUAAGGCUAUCUACACCCUUUUCAGUAACUUUUCAAGGCUUCGGGGAAGUGAAGCAGCUACUCUUUGUAUUCCUCAUCUGGUUGGUGCACUUAAGGCUGGAACAGAACCAGCUCAGGAGGCAGCUCUUGAUGCAAUAUGUUUGCUGAAGGAUUCAUGGCCAUCUAUUCCUGCUGAAUCUGGCAGAGCACAAGCAAUGGUUGCAGCAGAGGCCAUUCCUAUAUUGCAACUAUUAAUUCGGUCAAGUCCACCUCAUUUUCAGGAGAAAGCAGACAGCUUGUUACAAUGUUUACCAGGAAGCUUGACAGUUACCAUCAAACGCGGAUAUAACUUGAAGCAGUCAAUAGGAAACACCAGUGCAUUCUGUAAAUUGACACUUGGUAAUGGUCCUCCACGGCAAACCAAAGUUGUAAGUCGUAGCAUUUCUCCAGAAUGGAAGCAGAGUUUUGCGUGGGCCUUUGAUAUGCCUCCCAAGGGUCAGAAACUGCAAAUAUCUUGCAAGACCAAGAACACCUUUGGAAAAGGUUCUUUGGGAAAAGUAACUAUUCAGAUAGAUAAAGUCGUGAUGCUUGGAACUAUCAGUGGGCAGUAUAAACUUGUUCCUGAUGCUAACCGUGAUGGUACAUCUCGAAUGCUCGAAAUAGAAUUUCAGUGGUCUAACAGGUGAUGGCAUGGACAUGCCUAAUACAAGCUUUUGUAAUCACUUGGAUGUAUUGCCCUCCAAGUGCUGCUUGAGGUAACUUCCAAUCUGAAGAUAUUUUGCUAAAAGUCACUGAAGGUGGUAUUUACUUUUAAGUUACCAGUAUAAAGCAUGCCAUAUCAGGGCUCAUGACUUGUCCAGCUUUAAGGAAAUUAAUGGCAUUAUCUCAUCUUGGACAUUGCUCAUAUUAAGUUUAUUCAGUUUUGUGAGCGGUAAUAAUGUCGCUCCUGAGUUUAGUUUGUUAAUAUUGUAAGGUUGCAAAGGCAUCCUAUAUUAUUAAUUCUCUGGCAUGUGGUUAACACUGAGUGAUCAACUCAAAGAAAGUUCCUUGUACAGUGCCCUUCAAGAAAUCCUUUUUCUGCAUAGCGAGCCAUUUUGUUUCAAAUUACAGAGCUAUGGUUUCGAUUUAGAAGCAGGAAUGUUUCUGAUGUAUUAUCAUGACUUGUUCAAUAGAGUUAUGGGUACCCAAGUUGAGAAUGGUACAUAUGGUGGUCUCCUUCAAAGGAACUUAUUAGAUCAGAACCAAAAGAAAGGGUUGGGUCUCAUUUACUAUUUCAUAACGUCCAAUGCAUGAAGUUUUGUAAUAUUGACAGGAAUUCAUCAGCCAAGCAGAACGAGAAGUCUGCAGCAAGAGUUUGCUGUCGUUUGACAUCACAGUGCAAGUCCAAUCCAAUAUGGAAAUCCUAGAACUGGAAUGUAUAGAUUAGUGCAUACAUAUUAUUUCCAAAAUAAUAAUGUUUGGUGCACAUGUGCUCAAGCAUGUUUAACUGUUAAGAACAUUGUUCAGGGGCAGAUGAUUUGGUACACGAUGCUAUUAUGCAUGACAAGAAUAUUUGCUUCUGUUUUUGAAACUGAAAGUGUUGUUUAUAAGAAAACCUUAUGUAUUCAGAGCCCAGGUGUUGUGAGUAGAAUUUUAUAAAUCUUCUUGCUUAUGUUUA